AUGACUACUCCGUCUUCUGAAGACUCUGGUACAUUGCAGCACCAAGUCAGCGGAGAGAGUGGUGCCGAAUUUGAUCCUUCGGUUCCUAUUCGCGGACCUGAGCACAUCUCAUACGAAGAAAAGCCAUGGGCCAAUAAGACAAUCCUGUCAUUUGACGGUGGUGGUGUUCGUGGCUACGCAAGUCUGCUGGUGCUUAAACGCAUCAUGGUUCGAAUUCGGGAAUUAGAACUUGGCCACGAAGAGUACCGAGCCCCCAGCAGCGACUUCUAUCGUUGGAAUGGGGCACCUGAAGAGAAUAUCGUCGGCGGCAACCCAGAGCCAGAUCGAGUCGAUAAGUAUCUUCCGUGCCACUACUUCGACUAUAUUGCUGGAACUUCAACAGGGGGCCUGAGUAGCAUCAUGCUAGGGAGACUUCGUAUGUCUGUUGACCAAGCAAUGGACACAUACAAGUCCUUCGGAAACGCGGUUUUUGGGAAACCUAGGGUGUUCCACGAGCGUUCAUUCAUUUAUCCCCGAGCAAAAUUCUCAAGUCGAAAGACACGUGCAGAAUUUCAGAAGAUCAUCUACGAGGCCCUUCAACGAGAAAAGUUCUGCUUCUAUAGUGAGGCAGAAGUUGAGCCACUAAAGUACAGAGAAGAUCGAACCAGAACCAUUGCCAUCUCAUGGUCUAUAAAGAAAGACGGUGGCGUUAGUAAAGAGUUUGUCUGGAGGAGUUACGACAAUGAGCCUAAUCCCAUGGAGCCUAGGGCUAAUCGAUGGAAUCCAUCCAAUGCGGGACCGGCCCAUACAACUGCCAUUUGGGAGGUUGCCCGUGCAACAACAGCUGCCCCAGGGUACUUCGAGUCCAUCAAGAUUAUAGGAAGAAAGUUCCUUGACGGUGGCAUGGCAGCCAACAACCCCUCAUUAAUGGCCCUCAGAGAAAUCCACAACCUUCACGGCUUAGUUCCAGACCUCUUUGUCAGUAUUGGAACUGGUUUGAAGCCUUCCCCAGAUGAUCAGAACAAUGAUGUACCCAAUGGCCACACCGGAACACCAAGAAGAGAUACAGUCAGAGAUGGUGGUCGACGCAAACAAGGCGUGAAGAAGUGGUGGGAGAUAGGCAAAAAUUGGAAGGACUGGAUGGUCGACUGUGAGGGGGGCCCGAUGGGCACCAACGCCUGGCGAGACCGCUGCAAUGUGAUCCAAUUGACAGAUUCAUACAGACUCAAUGUUGAAGGCGAUCUUCACACCGUACCUCUCGAUGGUUGGCGUCCGCCAACCACUGGAAAAGAUACCCUCGACUUUAUCGAAGAACAAACGAGGCAAUAUCUCACUGAGACCAGAGUUGUGGAUUGGAUCAACUCCAUCGCGAGUAAAGCAGUCGAAAUAAGGCGUCAACGCGCUGCGACUGAGCAGUGGGAGCGAUUUGCAGUGGAUGUGAUUUAUCGCUGCAGAGAUUGUGAGAACAAAAAGUAUGACACUAGGGCGCAGUUAAGAGAGCAUCUGCAAAAAGGAACCGCACAUAGAGGAGAAAGGAUCACUGAUGGGAAGCAGCUUGAGGAGAGACUUAACGAUUCUAGGUCCUUUAAGCCUAAGAGAACAGUUGAAACAAGGAGGUGA